AAGAAACUGGUUUCUGCUUUUAACUUUUGAAGCUGGAAGUGGUUUUGGGAUUAUAUGGUGAUUCUUUGAGCUAUGUUCAAAGAAGAGAAAUUGUUGCUUCUGAUUGUGACUUUUUUCUGUUUUGCCCUGGCUUACAAUGGCUUUUUCUGCAAAUACAGGAGGUGGAUUGCAGAUACACUUGUGAGCAGAGGUUCCUCUGUGACUACAUUCCGCAAGAUCAUGCAAACAAUUGGAUUUCUGGGCCCUGCUUUCUUCCUCACUCAGCUGAGCCAUGUUGACUCUCCAGCAAUGGCUGUUUUUUGUAUGGCAUGCAAUCAGGGAGUACUGCUUGGGUUAUCCAACACGGCAGGAGUGUUGGCAGGGGUCUUUGGAACAGCAGCAACUGGUUACAUCUUACAACAUGGUUCUUGGGAUGAUGUUUUCAAAAUUUCCGUUGGGCUCUACUUGGUUGGAACAUUCGUCUGGAACAUUUUCUCAACUGGUGAGAAGAUAUUGGAUUGAUUCUCAGCUAAGCUAAAAUUUUGCGUGUGGCAGCUCAAAGCCUCUGUGUUUGAGCUUAUUAUGGAAGAGUUUCAAUUGAUUGAAUGCAAAGAUGAAAAAGGAGUUCAGAAUGAAUUCAAAUGAAAAUU